AUGGGUGCCGUAAGAUGGAGGAUGUUUAAUGGAUGCUUUUUCCGAGUAUGUCGGGGUGGAUCAGUCGUACGCAUGUUUGCAAAUAUCCUAGGCGAAAACAAAUUCCAGACAGCCCUUCGCAACUAUCUGAAAGAUAAUGCUUUGACGGCUGUUACACCAAAAGAACUAUUUGACGCUCUGUCUAAGGCUGCUGGAAACGUAGGACUUCCCUCUAAUGUGGAACUUACAGAUAUUUUCGAGUCAUGGACAACUUCAACGGGUUUCCCUAUCAUCAACGUUUUACGCAAAGAAUCAAAAGUCAUUUUUACUCAGGAGAGAUUUCUUCCUUAUGGAUCAUCGUCAAAACAUACCUACAACGUUCCUCUAAAAUUAGUUUAUAAUGACACAAAACUCUCAGAAAAAAGCAUCUGGUUUUUAUCAUCCCAGAAGGAAGUCAGCAUAGAGAUAGCGGACAUUGGAAGCGAGAACGCAAGCUGGAUAUUGGUGCCGACGACUGGCUACUUCAGAGUAAACUACGACGAGGAUAACUGGCUUCUGCUGUCGGAGUAUUUACAAGAUGAGAGUUUAGAUGAUAUAGCCAUAGAACCUCUAGAAAGGGCCAUUCUAAUAGAUAAUGCACUCAAUCUUGCACGAAUCAGCAAAUUGGAAUAUUCAACAGCCAUUCAAUUGCUGAGUUAUCUCAGUAACGAAGUCGACUAUAUCCCUUGGACCGUGGCAUUUUCGGGACUUAACUAUCUUCAUCGCAUGCUGGCUGACGAAAGUGAUAUUUUUGAUAAUUUCAUACUCCAUAUAAUUAAAAACGUCUAUGAAGAACUAGGUUUUAAAGUCGUCGAUAAAAAUGAUGACGCAUCACAUAUCGAGCACGUCCAUCGAGCGAACGUUCUGAACUGGGCUUGUCGAGCGGGGCAUUCUGAAUGUAUCAACACGGCUGUGGAUUACCUGAGAAAGUAUCUGGAAAAACCUCAAAGUGAU